GUUUGUACAAAACAAAAUACAUAUAUACAUUUUUUUCUACAACAUUAAAGAGUAUGGAAAUGCAGGAGAGCCUGUGCCAGGAAGUCAUGGACCGCAAUGUGCCGGAGUUGGUGCGAUUGCUGUUGAAUUCCUCUAUCGAAGGCGAGCCAAAGGGCGGGAGGAAGGCGGACUCCACCACCUUUGAGAUGUGCCACAGGUAUGCCAUGAAUCACUUGCUGUUUCCUUACCAGAAGGAGUCCUCGCCGGAGGCCGUGUGGACCGACAUGAACCACUUCUUGGAGCGCUAUCGCAUCGAAAAGCUGGAACAGUUCGGGGAUGCCUUCAAGCAGCUGGCCAAUGUGGUGAUCAAUCAUCCGAUCUGUGUGAGUCACAGGCUGAAGAACCUGCAGUGGCGCAUAAUAGACUUUAUGCUUUGCGUAAACUACAAAGCCUUUCGUACCGUCCUUCACAAUAUGAAGGACAUGGAGGAGAGGCGAAAGAAUAUCCUGGAGGCCCUCGAUCAGGUCUCCGAGAGUUCGGGAGUGGUUAAAGAAAAAGAAAAGUCCACUAAAAAGGGCCGCAGUUCCCGUUCGAAGAAACAACUCAGCUCAGAUAGAGCAGACGAAGCUAUGACUAGCUAUGAAUACGUAUCCUGUUUCAGGAAACCCACUUGCUCUGAUGGAGCGGAUGAGGCUAAGGAAAAACCUUCUAGUCGAGACAAAUUUGCAGACUCGAUGCAUUUUAAAUCAUUGGAAAACCCGGGGCACGGCUACAUUUCCUGUUUCAGGGAACCUAGCCCAGAUGUAGUAAGAGAACCUAUAAAAUUUAAUACUUCUCCAAUAAAUAUUUCCCCGCUCCGGAAUCCCAUUAAAUCAUUGGAAACCUCCGAACAUGGCUAUAUUAUCCGUUGCAAGAAGCAUUUGAGGUUAGAAAGUGCUGAACAGGCUAACCAAAUGAGUGACUCCCCAAUAAAUACAUUGCCGAGCACGGAACCCAUUGAAACAUUGGAAACUGCAAAACAAUCUAACAAGAUCCUUGUUAAGGAGAAUUUCGCCAUGAAAGAGGCCAAAAUGGAGCUGGAAUUGAAUCUCACUCCGGAUGAUCCAACGGCAGAGAGACCCAAAAAGGUUGACUACUUCAAGGAAUCGAAUGACCAGUUCUCCAGGAUUGAGACACCUUGGUGGCAUGUUGAUAUCCAUGUCUACCAUCUACCGCAAAUCUUGGAAAGCAAUUUCUUCAAGGGCUAUGGAGACCAUUUGACCUAUCAGCUGAGGGAAAAUCGUCACUCGGCGCGAAAGACGAGCGAGGAGCACCAGUUGUUGAACGAACUCGUUAUUCUUUUCUUCAAAUCCUUAAAGAGUGAAGACCUCCAGAUGUUGGAUGAAAGUAUGGAGUUGCGUACGAAUGAGCCACGCACUCUUGCCCUCAGACAUUUACUAGAAGGUCCCCACUUGGGUCAGAUUAUUACCUCCUUAAGGCAGAUGCGUCACCUCAGGAAGUUCAUCAGGACCCAUAAUAUGAAAAUGAUAUCUGGCGAUGGCUCGGAGACCCUGCACUUUUUCAGUGUGGCUCUGCGGCGCCUUCUUCGUCCUGUGAUGGAGUUCCUGGUUUAUUUCGAGAAGCGCAUGUCAAGUGGUGUAGAAACCCCUACCCUGCAUCACUUUGUAGAUAGUUCAAGAGGCCACUUAGAAAGGAUCCAGUUGGUGUAUGAUCUCUCAAAGGAUACCAUUGAAGAACAGGCAUCCAUGGGUGCCCUAAGAGUUCUCAACACCCUGUUCAUGCAUAGUUCGAAAACUACUCAACCCAAGAUGCUGCGAUCCUUGAGUGCAUCCCUACUCCUGCACUCCUUGGAGGCCUACUGUCACUUUCUGGAUAGCUGGUGGUCUACUGGGGAUUUCGCAGACUGGCACGAGGAGUUUCCCUACCAAAGAAUCCUGAUUGAAGGACGAACGGAGUACAAAUUGAGAAAGAUAUGUGUGCCCAUUGAAGAAAUGCUAGGUAGUGGUUUGUUUCACAUUAUCCAGCGGCAUAUUUUCGGAUCCAGGGAAGCAGUUGCUAUACUAUUGGAUAGCCGAAAGAUAAGUGAUUUCAACUCCCUGCACGGAAUCACUUCGCAGACGCCCUUACACGACUCACUGAUAUCUGCAGUUCUAAAGGAACUAGCUCCCUAUCAGGCAGAGAAAAUAGAGGAGCCUAGCUGUGCGCCAGAUAUCCUAAGGCAGCUAGAGUCCUCCAAUCUGGAUACAGUGCGUCGGUUGUUCUACUCCUUUCACUUGAAAACGCGACCAGAUCCUAAAAAACCCAUUGCAUUUUCUAUCGAUGAGUUGCUAAGGAACUUCCAGGCCUGUCUUCAUUACACUCCCAUCUCGGAUAUCAUCUCCCAAGAGCUGCAAAGACUACUGCAUCGUAGAUGUCUGAUGGCCAACUCUUAUAUCACCGAUGUGGUGAAGUACUUACAAAUGGACUAUAUAGUAAGACACGUUAGAAACGUUUUUCUCCUCAUAAACUAUGAUCUCCUACGAAGUGAGUUUGAGUUGUUUUAUGAGUUUCUCGGGGAAAACCAACUAAUAGAGGCCUCUAAUAAACUGAAAGAGAUUGUGGUCUCCCAGGAUCCCCGGCUGGGUUAUCUGUUUCAAGUCGCUUUAACCAAAGGCCAACCCCAAUUAUUUUCUCUUUUGGUAAGCCUUGAUCCCUUACUCAAUCGAGUGAUUAGUCAGGAGCAAUUCGAGCAGCUGAACAACUGCUUUCAACUGAAGCUGAGCCUGCAGUUUUCGUUAUAUCAGCUAAAAAACUUGCCUGACUUUAAUAACUGCAAGCCAGAGCGAUUAAUUAGGGCUCUGCGAUCGCUCCAAAAGUCUCUAAGUUCAGCUCUCAAAGAACACUUUUCAAAUUUUAAUAAGAUAAACCAGCUUCUAAAGGAGUUUUGUGUCAUUGAACAUGAAAUUAGAGAUUCAACCCUUUUAAUUGAGCUGAGAUUAAACCAGGAAAAGUUUAUGUUCCGAAUGAGGGAAAUAAUGCACGAAGAAUUUCAGGGGUUGCUAUACAUUUGCAGCUUGGAGGAGGUCCUAAGUCAGAGCAGAGUUUUCAGGUACCGAUGGUUGAGAGUUUGGGAUAUCAUAAAUGACCACCGCAGACAGAAACCCAGAAACAUCUUUGAGAUGAAGUAUGAUUGGUUAGGAAAUAACUACCUGCAGUCUACGCUCAGAAAAUGCCAGGUAUUUGGUGGCAUCCUCUACCAUCAAAGAUAUUAUGAGUGACAUUUUUAUAUAUUUAUAUUUUAUUGUUAUAAACUAUUGUUAUAUUUGUUAAAUAUAUAAUUUAUAUUUUAUAAUAACA